AAGAAGAAAUAUAUAAACAACUGAUUGUCAUACAUCCAUCCAAGGCAUUUGAGUCUUAAGUUCAGAUAGUGAAUUUUUCAAUUUAAAAUUAUUAGAAAAAUUAAGAAGAAUUUGAAUUUUGCGAAAUGGCUCAUUAUAAGGGUGCUGCUAGCGAAGCUGGACGUGCCGCUCAGCUUAUGAAAAAACGUGAAAUUGCCCAACAGGAGAUUGAGUUUCGUAAAAAAAAAAUUGAGGAAGAGCUAAAAUUGGAUAAAAUUGAAAACAAAUUCGCUACACAUUAUGAUGCAGUGGAACAGCAGCUUAAAACUUCGACCAUUGGUCUGGUCACGUUGGAUGAAAUGAAAGCCAAGCAGGAGGAUAUAGUUAGAGAACGAGAGAAAAAAUUAGUCCAAAGGAAAGAUGAAAAAGAGCGAGAAAAAUUACGUAUUUUAGAAGCUAUACAAGCUGAAAAGAAUAAACAAAAGAGACAAAUUCAGGCCUUAUCGUUUACUUUCAGUGACGAUAUUGAAGAUGAAGAGGCGGACGAAGAAAAUUUAGAGAACGGUUCUCAUGCAGGCCAUAAAGAAGAGAAAGAAAUUCAGGAGCCAGAGAAAAGGAAAUGGACUGAUAUUAAUCCCCACGAUGAACAAUCAGCGGCUAAAAAGAAGAUAUAUAAGAAUCCUGAUGUCGAUACAAGUUUCUUACCUGACCGUGAAAGAGAGGAACAAGACAAUCGUUUACGCGAACAACUGCGGCAAGAAUGGGUCAUGCAACAAGCUGCUCUAAAAGAUCAGGAAAUUCCCAUUACCUUCAGUUAUUGGGAUGGGUCAGGUCAUCGGCGUAGCGUCGUAAUGAAGAAGGGGAACUCAAUAUACCAAUUUUUACAACGUGGCCUCGAGUUACUGCGUAAAGAGUUCAACGAAUUAAAAACUGUAAUGGCCGAUCAAUUAAUGUACGUGAAAGAGGAUUUAAUAUUGCCACAUCAUUACACCUUUUAUGAUUUCAUCGUCACCAAAGCAAGAGGCAAAUCAGGACCUCUAUUUCAAUUUGAUGUUUACGAUGACAUACGUUUGACAAGCGAUGCGUCAGUAGAAAAGGAAGAAUCCCAUGCGGGAAAGGUUUUGUUACGCUCAUGGUAUGAACGUAAUAAACAUAUUUUUCCGGCCAGUCGUUGGGAACCAUAUGAUCCAACAAAAUCCUACGAUAAAUACACAAUUAAGGACAAAAGUAAAAAAUAA